UCUCUCUCUCGCUUGGGAGCAGCAACGACCAUGAGAUUUCUUCAAGGAGUGCUUUGGCAUGGCUAGAAAAGUCAACCUAUGCUUGGAAGGAAGAGAAACCUACCGAUUGACAGAUCAAUCCGAUCGCGCUUGCUGCAAGCUCAAGGUCAAGAAACUUUUCUAUUUGCGCCAGCUGUUCUAAAUCGAUGACAUUUGGACCAUUCAUCUCUCAGAGCAUGUGCACCGGCCUCCAGAUCCAGCUAAUAUAUGUUCUUCUCUCUCAACUUUGAUUGCUCCUCGCAUGAGCAGUAACGUUAUAUAGAGAUCGAUGCAUGAUCGCUGUAGCUCCAUCUCACUCUGAGAUAGCAACAAAGCCAUGGGCAGGCUCGGCCAUGAGCUGGUCAUCGCCCAUUUCAGUCACCCCCACCCUUUGGAGCUCACCUCCCUUCAUCGGCAACCGGCGACCUCCUGCGCCGGCUGCUCUCGCGAUCUCUCCGACCGCGCCUACUCGUGCAAGACAUGCGGAUACGCGCUCGACGUAUCCUGCGCUCAGAUGCCGCAGCGCGUCCGCCACCCGGCCGACGCCAGCCACAGUCUCACCCUCCUCACCGCCGGUGGCUCCUUCCGCUGUAACGCGUGCGGCGCCGACGGCUCCGCGUUCUUCUACCACUGCGGCGAGUGCAACCUCAACCUGCACUGCUCCUGCGCCGCCAUGCCGCUGUCUGUGGUCCACGCCGCCCACCUCCACCCUCUCACCCUCUUCUUCUUUCCUCACUACGAGAACAGGGGCUUCUCCUGCGACAUCUGCGGGCACCCCGGCUCGUACCAGUGGGUUUACAGCUGCACCAUGUGCGGGUUUGACGCGCACGUCGGGUGCGCGACGGCGGAGGAGGCGCAAGCGAAUCCCCCAUGGCACGAUUCCGAAGGCGGCGGCAGCGCCCCACAUUUAGCUCUGCAGAAGAUGGAAACCGGCGUGGGUGUUCGUAAGAUCGACAAACGCAAAGCAAAGACGAUAGCGAAGAGAGUUGCCGUAACAGUGGGGACGAGCUUAAUCUGCACUAUCCUAUAGAAUUAAUGUGCUUGCGUUUACUUCAACGAUCUCAAACCUGCAGCAGUCACAGAGAAUUCCUCCUCCCUCCGAAUUCCAACAGAUCGCUUGUAUGUGUUUGCUUCGAUCCCACUGACCUAUAAGACUUGCUUGUCGUUGGUCGAAAUCUUUUCCGGCCUGAGAAGGCGAGCUCUUUCAAGUUGAAGUGGAACAUGUUGCAGAA